AUCCUGAUACUAAACACACACACACUCGCGCGCACUUAUCAGGACUGUGACUCGAUCAGGACACUUUUGCAUUAUGCAUUCGGACUGCAGGCUGCUGGGAUGGACGCGUUGGUAAUGGUGGGCAGAGGGACCGGAGGGGCUGCGGUCUCCAUCCUGAUCCUCUUCAUCCUUCUCCUCGGUGCCAGAAGCUCGCGGGCGCAGAAGGGGGACGGCUGUGGACACACAGUGCUGGGUGUGGGCAGUGGAAGCCUGGCGUCUCUGGGGUACCCUCUGUCCUAUCCCUCAAACUGCGUGUGUGAAUGGGAGAUCAGCGUGACCACUGGACACACAAUCCUUGUGCGCAUUGCGGAUCUUGACAUAGACACAAACAACUGCCAGGUGUCUUACCUGCGACUCUAUAACGGCCACGGUCCAGGGCGAACAGAAAUUGUGAAGUUUUGUGGAGGGAGAGAAUGGAGAGACGUUGUUAUACACUCUGAGGGGCAUCAGGUCACAGUGCAGUUCAUGAGUGGACCACGCAACAAUGGCCGUGGCCUCUUCCUCUCCUACACCAAAAGCCAGCACACAGACCUCAUCACCUGUCUGGAAAAAGGAAAGCACUUCAGUGAAGCGGAGUUCAGUAAAUUCUGUCCUGCUGGAUGCCUGACUGAUUUCGGAGAGGUUUCGGGAACCAUACCGCAUGGAUACAGAGAUUCUUCUCCUCUCUGUCUGGCCGGUAUUCAUGCGGGUGUGGUGUCCAACACUCUGGGGGGGCAAAUCAGUGUGGUCAGCAGCAAAGGAAUCCCACACUACGAAAGCUCACUGGCCAACAAUGUGACAUCUGUGCCUGGAAAUCUCUCCCCCAGCCUUUUUACUUUCAAGACUAGCGGUUGCUAUGGCACUUUGGGUUUGGAGUCGGGGGUGGUCAGUGACUCUCAGAUCACAGCCUCCUCAGAGUGGGAAUGGGGCGGUCACGGAAAGGAGCCCACUGUCUGGGGCCCCACAGGGGCUCGCCUCAAAACACCAGGAUGUCCGUGGGCAGCAGCCAACAGCGACACAAAAGAAUGGAUUCAAGUGGACUUGAAGAAAGAGAAAAAAAUAACAGGUAUUACCACCACUGGCUCCAGCCUCCAAGAAUAUCAGUUUUACAUUUCAGCCUAUGAGGUGUUAUAUAGCCAUGAUGGACAGCAAUGGAAACCCUACCAAGAAGUGGGAUCAGAUAAAAACAAGAUUUUCCAAGGCAACACCAACUAUCUCCAGGAAGUGCGGAACAACUUUAUUCCUCCAGUUGAAGCACGAUUUAUCAGAAUAUGUCCCUUGCAGUGGCACCAGAGGAUCGCCCUUAAAAUGGAGCUGCUGGGCUGCCAACCUCAUGCAGCGAGGCCAAGAAUCUUCCAUCCAGCCCCUCCUCCCCCUCGCAGAAAAAGCACAGUGCCCCCCCUACAGGAGAGGACGACACACGCGCCCAACAUCCGAAACACCACCAUGCCUCCGCACCCUCACGAUGAGGUGGCGCUGGUGGCAGUGUUGGUUCCUGUAUUGGUGGUGGUUCUGACAACCCUGGUGUUGGUGAUGGUGUGCUCAUGGCUGUGGAAGAACAGAAAAAGCCCCGAGGUGACUUAUGACCUUCCACAGUGGGAGCGCACAGUGUGGUGGAAGAGUAUGAAACAGUUGCUGCCCUCUAAGUUGGAUGGAGACGAUUGUGUUCGUUACAGUUCCACGGCACGAGUGGACCACCAGAGACCCCGGGUGGAGCAUGCAGAAUACGCCCAACCGCUUGUCACCGGUACUAUGGCCUCUCUUGGACAAAGGUCAACGUUUAAGCCCGAAGAGGCCGGUGGACCCGAGUAUGAUGCACCUAUUCCCGCGGAACAUUACCAUGCUUACGCUGAGCCCCUUCCUGCUUCUGGCACUGAAUACGCCACGCCAAUCAUGAUUGACAGGGCUAACCACCUAUCAGGAGGCACUCUACCAUUCAGGGGGCGUAGUUUAGUGGCUCGGACAGACAGCAGCCAAUCAGCAAGCUCAGCCUAUGACACACCCAAGAGCACAUCUGAUCAAGCCACACCCACAGAGGGACAGUUGUACCAAGUGCCACAGAAUACCCACAGUGCACAGUGUCAGAACAAAGACUGACCAAUCACAAAUGAGCGGACCCAUUUGGAAACCCUGGGCUGAAUACUGCCUUUCCCAGAAAUCUGCAGAUCAGAUCAGAAUGUGCCGUCUCAAAUUGUAUACCGUGCAAGUCCUAUCACUGAAAUAACACACAGGAAUGUCAGGAGAGAGAGAAGAGCAGAGAUCUCGUUACACUACUGUGUUCUGUGAGUGUUCAUACGUCUAAAUGUGUGUGUACGAGUGCAUAUAUGUGACUGCUCUGCUAUCAAACUGUGAGUCCUUAGAUAUCUGUGCAUUUUUCUGAGAGUGGAGAUGUAUUUGUCUCGAUCGCUCAUUGUAAGGUACAUUUUUCCCUUUAGGCAAAGAUAUUUAAAAAAAAAACACCCUCACAGAAUAACAAAUGAUCACAUUUCAAAUUAAUAGACAAACACUCUCAUAACACUGUGAUUCACGGUCAUUUUGCACUGUUGUAUUGUAUUCUGCUGCUACAUAGGUGCCUUCUUUGUGACAUAGCAACACAGGCCUGUGCUGGUUUCUCUAGUUCUGUUCCAAAACCUAGUGAGUUAACUUGCCUACAUGGGCAUCUGCCUUAACAAUGCAGCAUACUAACUUAUAGGGGUGUACAUCUGGUAUUGGUUUUCUUAGCCAGAGAUACAAUAUUUGCCAAUACCUUGAAACAUGCCGUGAUUUGGUUAGUUAAUAGAUUCAGGGGUCUGCGAUCGAUUUAUCAAUAUUACGAUGUUACGUGCCUGGUUUAAAUUUUUUUUAACUCACAAAUGCAGUCAAAAUAUAACAUGAACAUAUAAUUAAAUUCUCUGAAUAUUGCAAAUCCUGUAUCUUCGACAAAAAAUCAAGUCGCACAUGUCAAGAACAUCAGUAAUCUGAUGACAGCAAUGACAACAGUCAAAAAAACCAUUUGUCUUCUGUGCAAAUCUAGUGUCCCCAUUAAGAAAUACAUCAAAAUGAGGUAA